GGGGAGCUGCCGCGGAGCUCAUGAGCAGCAUGGCCUGCGAGAUCAUGCCCCUGCAGAGUUCCCAAGAAGAUGAACGGCCUAUGUCACCCUUUUACUUGAGUGCCCAUGUGUCACAAGUCAACACUAACAUUCCUGCUACUGGAGAGUAUUUAGAGAAGACAAUCCGCUCAGCCGUGGAACAGCAUCUCUUUGAUGUUCAUGGCUCAGGCGGCCAGAGUUCAGAGGACUCUGAAUCGGGAACAUCUUCAGCCUCUUCUAAUGUGUCUGCCAGGCAGAGGAGGCGACAACACAAAGAGCAGGAGGAAGUCCGGAGAAACAGAGACAUGGAAGUCAUCAACAAAGAAAACAUUCCCUCUGGAUUCAGCAGUCUUGAAGACUGCAUUCUGUCUGCUCAAGAGGUAGAAAAAUUACCAGACAGCAGCUCUUCAUAUCUUGGUGAGAGGAAUAAACCGAAACGGCAGAAGUCCAGCACCAAGCUCUCAGAGCUUAAUGACAACCAGGACGCUCCUGUGAGUAUGGAAAGCUUUAGCUCAUCCAGACCUGUAGACAGAACAGGACCUGAUGACAUGGAAAUUUUAUCUGAAGAAAGCAAAGAAAGUGAAAACGAUGAGGUUUUUUUCAGGCACUCACAGCAGUCUUCAGGUAUGAAGAUUCAAGAGCAUCCAAGUAUUCCUGAAACCAAGUUACAAAGAAAUCAAGAUGCAGAUGAACAGCAGAGCAGCUUUGUGUCCGAAGUGCCUCAGCUGGAUUUGACAGCRCUGUGCGAUGACAACAACUGGGAAGAGCCCAUUCCUGCUCUUUCCUCCUGGCAGCGAGACAACUUAGAUUCAGAUGAGGCUCGCCUUUCACCGCAGGCCGGCCGUUUAAUUCGCCAGCUUCUGGAUGAGGACAGCGAUCCAAUGCUGUCCCCUCGUUUCUAUGCCUAUGGACAGAGCCAACAGUACCUGGAUGAUACAGAAGUGCCUCCUUCCCCUCCCAAUUCCCAUUCAUUCAUGAGGAGGCGGAGUUCAUCCUUGGGAUCUUAUGAAGAUGACAGAGAGGACCUGACCCCUGCACAGUUGACCCGGAGGAUUCAGGGACUGAAGAAAAAGAUCAGGAAGUUUGAGGACAAAUUUGAAGAGGAGAGGAAAUACAGACCUUCCCACAGUGACAAAGCAGCCAACCCUGAAGUGCUUAAAUGGACAAAUGACUUAGCCAAAUUCCGAAAGCAACUUAAAGAGUCAAAACUCAAGAUAUCGGAGGAAGACCUCGCUCCUGUGGUGCGUCAGCGGAGCAACACGCUCCCCAAGAGCUUUGGUUCUCAGCUUGAAAAAGAAGAUGACAAGAAGCAAGACUUGUCAGAUAAAUCUGCCAAGCCUGCUGUGGAAGUGACCCUCGAGUCUAUCCAGAAGAAGCUUCAAGAAAAACGAGCAGAGACAAACCGACCUGAAGAUAUUAAGGACAUGACAAGAGAUCAGAUAGCAGCCGAGAAAGUGGCUCUUCAGAAAGCCCUGCUGUACUACGAAAGCAUUCACGGCAGACCGGUAACCAAAAAUGAACGACAAGUGAUGAAGCCAUUAUAUGACAGAUAUCGCUUGAUCAAACAGAUCCUCUCCAGGGCCAACACCAUUCCUAUUAUUGGUUCCCCCUCCAGCAAGCGGAGAAGCCCUUUGCUGCAGCCAAUUAUCGAGGGUGAAACAGCUUCCUUCUUCAAGGAGAUAAAGGAAGAAGAGGAGGGGUCUGAGGAGGACAGCAAUCUGAAGCCAGAUUUCACAAUUACCAUGAGAACAGAUUUCAAUGUACGUAGCUUCUUGGAUCAACUAGAAGAUGAUGCUGAUGGCUUUGUUUCCCCCGUGGAUGAGAAGAUACCGUCAAAAAGCAACCAGGAUAUGGGGCUUUCAAAUCUUCAUGAAGCAUCUAUCCCUGAACUGUUAGAGCAGCUCCAAGAAGUCAGAGAAGAGAAAAAGCGAAUUAGAAAAAAAUUGAGAGACUUUGAAGAUAAUUUUUUCCGACAAAAUGGAAGGAAUGUGCAGAAAGAAGAUCGCACUCCUAUGGCAGAAGAAUACAACGAAUACAAGCAGGUUAAGGCCAAGCUGAGGCUGCUGGAGGUCCUGAUCAGUAAAAGAGAUAUUAGCUCCAAGAUCAUGUAAACRAGGAGAUUGUUUUCGCCAGUAAAUGAAAAGAGACCGCGCCAAACGGACAAAUGCAUGAAGCAAAUGCAGCAGAAGCCUGGCUGGGGAGGGCUGAGGAGCUCUCUGGGAAAUAAAAGGCCAUUCCUAGMGGUGGGGGGGAGGAAGGGUGACUUUCCAUCACUCUUGGGACUUGCUAUUGUCCUCUCUGUCUGCAGGUCAAAUGCCCAAAUGGAAUUUGUAAGUGUAGGAGAUGUGAUGCUGCACUCAGCAACGGCACUGAGGGGAUCCUUCCGUUUUGAUUUGCUUACAGAUCCUGUAACAUUUAGAAUAUCAAAGCCACGCUUGCUUUAAUUUUUUUUUUCCACAGGAUAUCAUAGCAAGASGCAAAUUAGGAUGAAUCGUGAUUAAAUCCUCAAAUACCUUCCACUUGAGUUUACCRGACAAGUACGCUGACGGAUGUAACAGGAGGGCACAGGUCAGAUGCAGCUGGCACUAAGACUGUUCUCCCAUAGCUACAUUAAAGGUUAGCUCAGACUUUCAACCUGACCAUUUGGAGUGCAGCCUCUUCAGUCACCCCAUAUAAAUGGCUGGAAGACUGUCUUGGUCAGAGCCCAGAGCUGGUGUGAGUUACAGUUCUGCCAAGGCUGGAAUUGGGUUUUCUUCCCACUUUUUUAACUGGUAAUUCAGUUGUAGUAGAAUGAAGUAUCUACAUGUAGURGGAAUAACAAAGGAAGUGAGCUGUUCGGCAGCACACUCGCCUUCUUGAUCCACUUGGAAGGUGAUACUGUAACGUUAUGGCUGUGUUUGGGCGACGAGGAAGAAAGAAGUUUUAACAGCUGCAAGUCCAAAUCCCCUGGGAUCUUGGUAUCUGCUCAAAUAAAUCUCUGGGAUCAAGUAUCUGGGAGAGAGGCUCCAUUAAUCCAGGUGCUUCAUCAUCUGAUGCUGACAUAAGAUCCUGAGCUGAAUGGGGCAAGUACUUGGCAGCCCAGCUUUUGUUCCUUGGCGCACGCAGUCAGUGGGGCUGUGGUGUGCGGUGCUGCCGGUGUGACUGCGGSGCACAGAGCACAUGAGAGCCCAGGAUACUGCAGGGAACUGAAAGCCGAGAACCACGUUCUGCCCAUGCCAUGGUCAGUUUGUCAGGUGCAGGUUUUGGCUAUUACCUAUUUUAAGGUUUGUUUAGGCCCCUCAGGAAAGAAAGUCUUGGGAUAACUACAGGAAAGAAAGUCUUGGGAUAACUAUAGACACUUGGUUCAGAUCCUUGAUGUCAGACAGUUUUUGCAUGGAGGAGUAAAAGGCAAGGAGGUUGAAAAUGUGUGAAGUAGUUGAGAGCUCCCAGGUCUGUGGGGCCAUCUGGGCUCUGCCU